AUGGGUGAUGUUGAGACUAGGUUGGCCAAAGUUAAGCUACACUUGGUCAAUAGGGAUGAACGGUUUGAAGAGAUAGAGAACCGGUUGUUGGAGCUUGUCGAAGGGAUGGAUGAGACCCGGGAUGAGUUACAAGCUACCCUCAACGAAGCCCUUGACAAGGUAACUAAUGAGAGUGAAGCCCUAAGAAUUGCCCAUACCGAAGAAGUCUCCAUCAUGAGGGAGGAAAACCGGCUACUUAAAGAAAAGGUACAAAAGAUGCAUGGGGACAUGAAGGACGCGAAAGAUGAGCUUGUGUUGCUUAAGGGAUUGGUGGCCCAAGGAGUUGGAACCAAUCCUCACCCUAUUCUCACUAUCCCUACGGCAAGGGUGGAGAUACCCAAGCCAAGCGCAUUCAAGGGUGCAAGAAAUGCUUGGGAGAUUGACAAUUUACUUUGGGGGCUGGAACAAUAUUUUUGUGCACUUAGAGUUGAUGAGGAUGCACAUAAAGUGGACCAUGCUCCACUUUAUUUGGCUGAGAGUGCCAUGGUUUGGUGGCAGAGAAGAAUGGCCGACAUGGAGAAGGCUGAUGAAGCAAGGGCCAAGCUUAGGAGGCUCACACAAAAUGGGACACUACGUGAGUAUGUUAAGGAAUUCUCGGAGGUGUUGUUGGAAAUCCCGGAUUAUCCCGACCAAGAAGCUUUGUUUUCCUUCAAAGAUGGACUCCAAACUUGGGUGAAACUUGAGAUUGAGAGGAGUGGUGCCCAAGACCUUGCUGCUGUCAUAGCUAUUGCGGAGUCACUUGUUGAAUUUAAGAAAGUUGACAAGGCUAAAAACAAGGACAGCAAAGGCAAGAAUGGGGGAGACAAAGGUGGUGGUAAGGAGAACAACCAAGAGGAACCAAAGGAAGGAAAUGGCAAGAAGAAUUGGUCCGGGAAGAGGGACUCAAAAGAUGGCAAGUUUAAGCAGUUUGAGAAGUUCCACAAACCAGCCGAGAGACCUCCCUUGAAAUGCUUUUUGUGUGAUGGUCCGCAUACGGCAAGAGAGUGUCCUAAAAAUGCUGCACACACUGCAUUGGUUGAAGAAAGGGAAGAGGGAAACCCACGUCAAGAAGGAUCCAGCAUGGGUUCUUUGCAAUUGGCAGCAUUGACUAAGGGCAAGCAAGUGGAGAAUAAGGUGGCCAACAAGGGCAAGUUGUUUGCACAAUUGAAGAUAGGGCAGAAUGAGGUUCAAGCUUUAAUUGAUACCGGGGCUUCGGACAAGUUCUUAAGGCUGAAAGAGGCAGAAUGGCUUGGCAUUGCUUACCACAAGCAGGUUGGUUGGUUGAAGGCAGUGAAUUCCCAACCUACUCCCAUGCAUGGUAUAGCCAACAAGGUUGCCGUGAGGAUUGGUGAGUGGACUGAUUCCAUUGACUUUUCCAUUAUUUCUAUGGAUGACUAUGUGUGUGUUUUGGGCAUGAGUUUCAUGGAUAGGGUGAAGGCUAUCCCAAUAGCAUUUGCAAACAGCUUGUGCAUCAUAGAAGAUGGGGGAGCAUACACCGUGCCAUUGAAGAGGGGAAAGGCUAGGAAUAGCACACUGUCCGCAUUGCAAUUGGCCAAGGAUGUGAAGAGGGCCGAACCAACUUUUCUAGUGGCAUUGCAAACCAAAGAGAGUGACCAUGCCGUGGAGGUGCCUAAUGAGGUUCAGAAUGUGUUGCAAGAAUGCAAGGAUGUCAUGCCUAAGGAGUUGCCUAAACAAUUGCUACCCAAGAGAGAAGUGGACCACCCCAUUGAGUUGCUGCCCAGUGCCUAA